GGGUCCUGAGCCUCCCGCCCACAGGCAGCAGCAGCAGCAGCGAGCGCCGCUCUCCGCCGUCGUCACCGACACCGUUCACAUGUCGACCGCGGCGAGGAAGCGCUCCCCUCGGAACCGACCUGGGAGCGACAGUGUCGCUGUCGUCGCCGCCGCUGCCAUGAAGCGCGGAAACCCUGAUCGGGGAGGGUCCCCGUUGAAGGGCAGCAAGAGGCCCCGAGGCUUCAGCGACGACCGUGAGGGCAGAGGAGGGGCAGGGACGGGUGGGGGCCCCGGCCACAGGGGGUCAUCCGGCGGUGGUGGCGGGGGCCCUGGGUUGCUGGAACGCGGCCGCAGGUCGAGUGCCGAGCGUGGAGGAGACAAGGGCCCCCGCCGUGACGACAGAGAUUAUGCUUCCUCCGCCCUCGCCGGGGUUCGCACAAAAAGAGGUGAUGGUGGCGGUGGCGGCGGUGGUGGUGGUGGUGGUAACGCAGGUGGUGGUGGUGGUGGUGGGGGUAGCAGUGGCCGGCCCUCGGCUCCCACUGCGGAGUACAAAACGCUGCUUAUCAGCAACUUGGGUUCUCAGCUGUCAGACGAGGAGAUCGAGGAUGGCCUCUUCCGCGAGUUCAAGAAGUUUGGUGAUGUGAGCGUCAAGAUCACGUUAACACCGGCCGAGGGCAGGGUCGCCUAUGUGAACUUCCGGCGUGCGGACGACGCCCGGGACGCCCGGCAUGCCAAGGGCCGCCUGGUGCUCUACGAUCGCCUGCUCAAGAUUGAGGCCGUGUACCUCCACCACCAGCCACAGCAGCAGCCGCAGCAGCACCACCAUCACCACCACCACCGGCGGCGCAGCCCGUCGCCUCCGCCCACUGACUACGGGCCCUAUGGGGCCCCGGGUGCGUAUCCUUACAGCAUGCCGCCCCCGCCGCCGCCACCACCACCCCCGCCCAGGGGUCUGUCCCCCAGCCCGGGGGCACGUGGCAUGCGUGAGCCGAGACCCCGGCGUGCCAGCCUUGGGAGGGAGGAGCCACUGGCACGUGACAGGGGAGGAGGUGAUUGGGGAGGGGAGUACGGGACGUACGAGAGCAGGAUGAGGGGGGGCAGUGGUGUGUACCCGCCAAAUAGCGGACGUGGCGCGCUGCGGGACGAUGACGACCUGCACAUACUGCCUGAGGAUGACCAGAGGGCGACUCGCACGCUGUUCAUAGGCAACCUGGACACGGAGGUCACCGGCGCGGAUUUGAAACGAAUUUUUGAGCGCUUUGGCGUGGUGGAGGAGGUGGACAUAAAGCGCAACAUAAGGGGCCACUCGUACGGGUUCGUCAAGUUCCAAAACCUGGAUAUGGCGCACAGGGCCAAGGUGGCUAUGUCGCACAAAGUGAUUGGCAGGAGUCAGGUAAAAAUCGGUUAUGGUAAGGCUACGUGCACCACUCGCUUGUGGGUGGGUGGAUUGGGCCCUUGGAUCCACGUGGGGGCCCUGGCCAGGGAGUUUGACCGUUUUGGCACCAUUCGUUCGAUAGACUACAGGAAGGGCGACAACUUUGCUUACAUUCAGUACGAAAGUCUCGACGCUGCCAUGGCCGCCUGGGCACAGAUGCGUGGGUUUCACAUGCCGGGCUCUGAUCGCCGGCUGCGCCUAGAUUUCGCCGACAUGGAAGGGCAGAUUCGCUACCCCGACCCGCAGAUACACCCUUACCAGCCGCCCAUUGACGCCAUGCCGGACGGCUACACGAGCCACUUUGAUAACAGGGGCCGAGACCGAACUAGUCCUUUGAUGGCAGGCCCACACUACAGAGGAGGAGACCGUGGCUGGAACCACCAGGAUGGAAAUUGGGGGAGCCCCAACAAGGCCGGAGGGGGCAGAGGAGGAGGAGGAGGAGCAACCUUCGAUGUGUAUCCUCAAGCCGAUCGCGGCCGACACAGAGAUAGCUGGCCGCCGAAUGAACGGAUGCGCGAGUUCGGUGGCGUUCCUGGCUGGGAGGACAGGCGCCGCCGCAGGACACCACCACCCAUACCGCCCGAUGGCUACGGCCAUCGUGACCGCUCUCCAUUUGAAGAAAGGAACCGCGGCAGGCGCCGUUACGGCUCGUUGGAUCGCGGCAGGGAUGGCGGUGGGCCCAGUAGUGAUUCUGAACGUCUGGCAGGUCCUGAUGGUGUCCGCGGGCCUGUUGAAGACAAGCAGCGAGAACCAAACGGAUGUGAAAGCGGCAGAAAUGCUUCCCAAAAUGUUGAGCGCUCCCGCAGAACUAGUGAUAGUGAGCACGAGGGCAGGAAUAGAGUGGAUAAUUCCUUAAGAACAGAGAGUGGGAAGACCCCUCAGGUGCUGUCUGAAUAUGCUCAGAUUCUGAACCUUGCUUGGCAGGGUGUACUCGUCCUUAAAAACAGCUCGUUCCCAACGAGCAUGUACCUUGUCGAUGGCGACUUGAUCCUUGCGCGAGGCCUGCUGCAAGACAGCUCGUCUGGAGCACCAGCGACGCAGUUAAAGAUCACGCAACGCUUGCGUCUGGAUCAGCCGAAACUUGAUGAGGUGACUCGACGUGUUAAACAGGCGGGGCCUGACGGCCACUGCGUCCUCCUCGCUUUGCCCUCCCGUCCAAACUCGAACGAGGAGGCGAACAAAUCGGGCGACCCGAGGCCGCUGCGCAACCUGGUGUCGUACUUGAAGCAUAAGCAGGCGGCGGGAGUCAUCAGCUUACCCAUUGGUGGAGGCGGAAGCAAGGAGAAGGAGUCUGUUGGCGUGCUACAUACUUUCCCGCCGUGCGAAUUCUCCCAGCAGUACCUUCAAGAGCCCGCCAGGACGUUGGCCAAAACGGACGAGGACCAUCUCAUAGUCGUCAUCGUUCGGGGAACCGCUUAAAGCAACAGAAAUAGAAAAACAGCAGAAAAAGGCCAACGUCGAAAUCUUAUUUUUCCACAUCAUGACAAUUUGUUAUGCAUUCAAAUCCAGUUGUCUAAAGAAAAUACUCCCACAAAAAAUAUUAAACAGAAAAAAUGCCUGUCUGCAUAUCAGUGGAAAUUGAUUAUUGUUUCUGAAUGUCUAAAUUUUGGCUACAAGGCUUUUUUUUUAACUCUGCAAACAUUCAGUUCCGAUAAAACAAAAGUUGUUAAAGCUUGUAUGUUGUAAGUGUCAAAAGGUGUGCUUCUAUUUAGUCGUAUUUGUUUAUUCGCUGAUAUACAGAAUUCUGAAAAUAUGACGGGCAACUUUGAAGCAUUCUUGGUUGCAUGUAUUCUGUUAAAUAUUGUCCACAAUUGUAAAAUGGUAGUUAAAAAAGUAUGGUGUACAAACAUUGUGCAGUUGUUAAUGUUAUCCAUUUUGGGCACUGAAUAACUUUAAAGAGGAAAUUGUGUUAAUGUAAUAUUGGCACACCUAUGCUAUAUUAAUCCAGAUAGGGUCAUGAAAUUCCUUAACAUUUUGCUAAUUAUUUCUAAAUGAUAACUCAUUUAGUUUUAUGUAUACAAAUAAUAUUGUGGGUAGAUACUGUUCUAUAGUGCCUCCGUGAAAGCUCAACAGUGGAUUUGCUUACCUUUAAGAAUUUGAAGCCAAGUUCGAUACCAUUUGCAAGAAUUUUGUUUACUGAAAUUUUGAAUCUUCACAAGCAACCAAUCGACGCCACAAAGUUCUGCUCUGUCCCAUCAACAUGCUUCAGUUUGUUUCUGCAACACUCUACGCCAGUGAAAGUAAUGCCUGUUUGUAGUCCUGCCCUCCUGCUCUUCUGCUUGCCCACAACACCAAAAAGCAUAGAAACCUAUGGCUCAAAGAAGUGAAACUUGCCUUCAUGAAGAAAGAAAAGUGCACGUGAAAUUCAAGUGAAAUAAAGUUAUAUUUCAUUCCUUCCCCAAGUGUUCCAACAUGCCACCUGUAGUUCUUCAAAAGUGAAAUGCGUUCUCCCAGAAAGCCUGCGCCACUCCGUAUUGCUGUGAUUAUUGAUGAACUGUUCUACUGCCAACAACCUGUGCUUGCCACAAGGAGCAAAGCUGCAUCUUGAUGCAACGAGGAUGACCCCACCCAAACCCAAUCAGCGGUGCCCCAGAGAGCAAGGUGGUGCAUCCAUGCGACUCGCACCCAGCAGCAGACCGUGCCAGCGUCGCCUUGAGAUGCCGCCGUUGGAUGCCGGGAGUGUCGGAGACGUCCGGAGUGGGUGACCGGCAGUCAACACAUCCAGCCACACAGGGCUGUCGCCGACGCUCACCCCGAGGCAUCUCCCCGCAAGCGGCAAAGUGUGUCUGCGUCCACCGCAGCUUGCCAGCACCAACAGUUCCGCCGGCGAGCAUCGAGUCGACGGGCGAACAGCUGAUCCCAACGCACGGCUUCUCCGAGGCCCCCUCCUGCUGCUUUGCGCAAGAAUUUCCUGCACCUCCGCUGCAUGUGAUACCACUUUGUUAGUCCAGUGUGAAGAGACCAAGCACGCGUGCAGCGACAGAUUUCGAGUUUUGCUUGUUCCGCGUUGGAGUGAUCUGCAGCGAUUUUUGAAUACAGCCUUCUACCAGGCUCUCUCCGCUCUAGAUGGCUGUGCGGAAAAGUUUGUAAGCCUUGUCCAGUCAGCUGUGCACAGAAGUUGGUAGUAGAAUCAAGUUCAUCAAGAGGUACAUCUUAUUUGUUCUUACGCUUAAGGCGUCUAAUUCAUAAUAAUUUGCAUGCGCAAUAUAAAUAUUGGUCACUACAGCUUAAAUUCUGCUUCAUUCAGUUGCAUUAUUUUUUUUUUAUUCCUUUUUCAAUCAGUUUAUUGCACCUGCUGGGAAAUACUAGCUCAAGGUGGAAUGAAACAUACACAUUUAAAAUUUUUUAUUUUGUUAACAAUUUAAAAAACACUGCAGUUGUGUUAGCCUGUUGAAAACCGCAUUCACCAUAAACUGCACGGAGGGACGAAGGGAAAUUUUGCGAAAUUUGCAUUCUGUUUGCUCAACUCCAAAGACUUCACGUUGAUGUAAAUCGAAACAACUGCUCGACCAUUGAUGGCACUUGUGUGGUGGGGGUUCUGUUGGCCAGCAACAAGGUUUGUGUGUGUGGGUGGAGGGGGGGGCAAAAAAACCCAUCCUUUUGUUCCAGCUUCCAUCUCAGGUGAAACAUUCCUGGAGCCAAGGUUCACGUGUGGCAAAAAAAAAAAGUGAAAAAUCCAGCACGUGGAUGUAGAGAGAAGUGUUUCAUCGUUGAUGGAGAGGAGAUUUAAAGAGGGGCACGGCCGCUUUGCAGGUCUCAUGUUUGGCCAGUUUGCCCUCCCCGUGUCCUUUUGCCCCAAACAACAAAAAGCUGAUGUGCGGUCACACUCCUCGCCUGGGAUGUCGCGAGCGCUGGCCGCUGUUGAAAACAAUAACAAAAAAAACUUAACGAUGCGAAAUUGGGCCCGCUGGGGCCUACUUUUAGACUGAGAACAACCAGGAAAUACUGCCGUGCCCACCCAAGAUUUUCAACGCGUUCAUUGAACUAAUUCUCGUGAAGCCAAGGGUCAGGUUUUGACAAAGGAUGAUUUUAUUCACAAAUUUGCUGUGAUGUCAACAGCAAAGCAGAAGGGCAGGUGUCUUGAUAAAAAAAGUAGUUUUUUGAUUUGUAGUGAUGUUUUUUGGUACCUAUGUCUUCAUAUUUACAUACUUUUUUUUAAUUGUACUUGAUAUAGAUUAAAGACUUAUAAACAUUUUAGUGAUCACGUCUAAGAACAUGAACGGUUGUGGGUUUUCUUUAGCCCAUUUUUGGCAAGUUUUCCACUUGUACAAAGUAAGCGACACCUUAAUCUUUUCUCAAGUUCGAAGAACGAAACUCAAAGGUUCUAUGGAAUGACCUCGCGCCCCAUCUACAAAAACCGAUGGAAUUUGUGCAACAUUUCGAAGACAUUGAUUUUGCAGCCAUAAACUGAGCGUUUAUGAUUUUUCAAACUAUUUCCUCUUCAAAGUUGCAAAGUGUUGAUGCUUCUGACGAUAGUUGAUACCGGACGUUGAAACAGAUAUGGAACCGUUUAUGGCUUGAGGCUGUAGUUAUUAAAGCCUGAUGUUGUCUAGUGGUUUUGAUGCAUUUGUACUGCUUGAUUUUAGCCCCAGUGUUUAGAAUCCUCUGUAAUAAUGUGUGGUUUUCUUUGUUGCUGUACAGUUAAAUGCAACUAUCAGAUGAAUAUUAACUCACAGAUUGAAAAGAUUUCAUCUUAGUAUACAAACCGAAAUAAAGAUCAUGCAGGCAGGAA